AUGCAUAUUAUCAAGCCGGUCUGGCUUACCCAUGGAGGUGAACGCAAAGACUUCGAGGUUUAUAGCUGCGAUGUCUCGCCAGAUGGGAAGCGACUAGUCACAGCUGCCGGAGAUGGAUACGUGCGAAUCUGGUCAACGGAAGCAAUUUACGGCACCGGAACCGCCGAACUUGCGGGCAAGCCAAAGCAAUUGGCCUCCAUGAGCAACCACUCCGGCACGAUUCAUACCGUUCGAUUCUCGCCCAAUGGGAAAUACCUUGCGUCAGGCGCAGAUGACAAGAUUGUCUGCGUGUAUACCCUCGACGCCAAUCCUCCAACACACUCGUCAACAUUCGGCACCGACGAAGCACCUCCCGUCGAGAACUGGCGCACGAUCCGGCGAUUGAUUGGUCACGACAAUGAUGUGCAGGACCUUGGAUGGUCGUUCGACUCCUCGAUACUGGUUUCCGUUGGCUUGGACUCAAAGGUCGUGGUGUGGUCCGGUCACUCGUUUGAAAAGCUGAAGACAAUAGCAAUUCACCAAAGUCAUGUCAAGGGUAUCACGUUCGAUCCAGCAAAUAAAUACUUUGCGACUGCAAGCGAUGACCGGACUGUCCGUAUCUUUCGAUUCACCUCUCCUGCUCCGAAUUCCUCAGCCCACGAUCAGAUGAACAACUUUGUGCUCGAACAAACAAUCACAGCCCCCUUUGCCAAUUCUCCAUUGACAGCCUACUUCCGUCGCUGCUCUUGGUCCCCCGAUGGCAUGCAUAUUGCAGCUGCAAACGCCGUGAACGGUCCGGUUAGCUCUGUGGCUAUCAUCAAUCGUGGAUCCUGGGACGGGGACAUCAAUCUGAUCGGGCACGAGGCGCCCGUUGAGGUCUGCGCAUUCUCCCCACGACUAUACGCAACGGAGCCUCCCAAUAAGAAACAAGCCGAUGGGCAGCCCGUACCACAACACCAUAUUACUGUUAUCGCAUGCGCCGGUGGAGAUAAAUCCCUCAGCAUCUGGAUUACAAGCAAUGCUCGACCGAUGGUUGUUGCGCAAGAGAUGGCUGCCAAGGCUAUCUCGGAUUUGGCAUGGAGUCCUGAUGGAAAGUGUCUCUUUGCUACCGCUCUUGAUGGAACCAUUGUAGCCGUCAGAUUUGAAGAUGGCGAGCUGGGAUGGGCCACCGAAAUGGAGGAGAAUGAGAAAUCGCUAACCAAGUUCGGCACGAAUCGCAAGGGUGCCGGUAUAACAGAAACCACCGAUGGCUUGCAGCUAGAAGAAAAGAGCAAGGCUGGCGAAAUCAAGCAUGUCGAAGGCAGAAUGGGUGCGUUGAUGGGAGAUGGAGCCGAACCUACUGCAAAUGGAGACAAAGCACCACAGCCAUCGGAUGGGGCAACACCCGCUCGGGGUUCUUCGCCAGUUCCUGAGGCAUCAAAAACGCAGACGAAUGGAACUUCCUCCACACCCGCUGUUGCAGAAUCAGAGAAGCCCGACCCAUAUAAAGCCAAGCUGGAAAGACUGAAGCAACGUCCAACGUACACAAAAGAGGGCAAAAAGCGUAUCGCACCAUUGCUAGUCUCUGGGGCGGGAGCUGGCGAGUCAUCUCUUCCGCAAGCUCGUCUGAUGGCAUCCGUUAGCAACCAGGUCAAGGCUGACGCUCCAACUACUAUUGUUGACCUGUCAAAGCCCUUCGAUGGUCUUCCUAAGGGAGGCCUGACUGCUCUUCUUCUUGGAAAUAAGCGUAAGCUGGCUCAAAUUGAGGGAGAUGAAGAUGCCAGCGUAGAGAAACGUGUGGUACUUGCCAGCCAAAACGGUGCAACUCCGAUUAUGGCUAACACCCCUGACGGUCUUCUGCCAGCUCAAGUGCAACCUGCUACAACCGGCCAGCAGCCGACUCCAGGAUUCAUCCGGCCUGCCGUUACAAAUCCUUGCAUGUCAAUAAGCCAGCUCCGUCUGGCAGUUCCUAAAAUCCGCAAUCAGAUUGUUCGCGCUUUAGAUUCGACCGGGAAACCGACGGAGCAACCCACCCCUGGUACGGACCCAAACUCUACCAAGAGUCGUGUGGAUGUUGUUUUCGAGGCUCGAAACCCAUCACCAGCAAGUCUGACUGGACGUGCUGUGGAUCGGGAGCCAGUACGUCUGACGUUGUUCCGCGGAGACCAGCCGCUGUGGCAGGAUUUCCUGCCGCGGACUGUCCUCCUUGUAACUGGCAAUCAAAGCCUGUGGGCAGCUGGCUGCGAGGAUGGCUCAAUCUACUUUUGGACACCGGCAGGUCGUCGUCUGGUCAGUGCGCUUGUGCUUGAGGCCCAGCCUGUUAUUCUGGAGUGCAAUGGUCCGUGGAUUUUGUGCAUAUCCUCUGUGGGCAUGUGCUAUGUGUGGAACGUGAAGCACCUGUCUUCCCCCCACCCACCAGUCUCCCUCCAGCCGGUCCUGGACGCUGCAAUCCAUAUGCUCGGCGCGAAUCCUACCGCCGCUCCUGCAGUGACAGAUGCCCGCAUUAAUUCGGAAGGCCGAGUCAUCGUAUCGCUAUCUAACGGCGAGGGAUAUUCUUAUUCCCCAUCCAUGUUCACAUGGCAGCGGAUCUCCGAAGCCUGGUGGGCCGUCGGCAGUCAGUACUGGAACACCACGGAUGCACCUGUGAGCAACUUGCAGGCCAAGGAUGCUCAGCAGGAUAACAAGGAUGCCAAGGCUGCUGUCGCGGCUGGCAUCAUCCCUUGGUUGGAACGGAACACCACGAACGAGACCUUACUUCGCGGAAGAGCAUAUUUCCUCCAGCGUCUCAUCAAGGUCUUACUGUCACGCGAAGGGUAUGAGACAUUUGAAUCGAGCGUAUCCAUUGCUCAUCUCGAGAACCGUCUUGCUGCUGCUCUGUCUUUGGGCGCCAAGGAAGAAUUCCGGUUAUAUCUGUCGAUGUAUGCCAAGCGCAUCGGCGCGGAGGGCUUGAAGUUGAAGGUUGAGGAACUUUUGAAGGGUCUGAUUGGCGGUCUUUUCGAGGACGAGGAUGAUGCCAGCGAGGGAGUAUUGAAAUUGCAGGCCAAUGAGCGUGAGGGCCGCAACUGGCGCGAGGGAUCUGAUGAUCUAUGUGGCUGGCCACGGGAAACAUUGCUGAAGGAGGUGAUUUUAGCACUCGGCAAACACCGUGACUUGCAACGCGUGACAGUACCUUAUGCCAAACUGUUGGAUAUGGUGGAUACUACAUCCGAGCAUGGCGAUGCAAUGGACCUUUAA